AUGCCAGACAAGGACCUCCGUCGCCAGGUCCUCGGCAGCACCAAGACCAUAUCGCGCAAAGCCCGCUCGCGCGUCGCCUCGGGCGCCAGCUCCAAGGCCGCCUCCGCCGCCAACUCGCGCGCAGAGUCCAGGAAUGCCAGUCGCACAGUCAGUAGAAGCGCUUCUGACGACGAAGAGGGCAACUUGAGCGACGAUACUAACUGGAGCACCAACUCUAUCGACGAUAUCCUCUCUUCCGAAGACAUCGAUGCGCCCCCUGACGUCUGGAAGGCCCAUCUGGGCGACCGUAUGGCCGAAAUCAUCGACCGCAAGCGCAGCAGCGCCGAAGGCCGUGCCGAUGCUCUCGCUGCAUACGCCUACCAGCUGAAGGCACACUAUGCAGCAGAGGAUGUUGAGAGAAAACUCGGCGAGCUCAUCCCCGCCAUUACCAAGAGCAUCAGAUCUGGCUCCAGCGAGCGCGAGACCGUCAUGGCCCUUAAGGCCAUCGAGCUGACCGUAAUAACCUGCCCCUCUGACCAUAUCUACGACGCCGUGGUUCGCCCGGUCAAGGCCAUCAUAAGCGACUCCGAAUCUCUCAUCUGCAAGGUCGCCGCAAUCCAUGCCCUCGGCACCGCCACUUUCUAUGGCGGUGCAUCGCUUGAAGAAACCCAAGAGACCAUGGACUACUUCUUGGAGAUUGUCGAAUCAGACGGCCAUUCCAUUGAUGCGGGAGACCAAGCCGCACCUGUAGUUGCCGCUCUUACAGAAUGGGGCUUCCUCGCCACUCAGAUGGACGAUCUCGAAGACAGCACCGAACCAGCUAUGGAGGCUUUCGUGGACCAGUUGGACUCGGCAGAUGUCAGUGUCCAAAUUGCUGCAGGCGAAAAUAUCGCUUUGCUGUAUGAGAAGUCUUGCACCGAAAUAGAAGAGGAUGAGGAGCCUUCUUCCGAAGAUGAAGCCGACGAUCCGCACGCCGCCCCUGGUUCCACGAGAAUGAUCAAGCGUUACACUGUAUAUCGCCGCGAAGACCAACUCAAGCACAAGCUCUCGGCACUUGCAUCGCUGAGGCCAGAGUCAGGCCGCGUUUCUAAGAAGGACCGCAGUCGCAUGCGCUCCAAUUUCAGCGACAUCCUGAACAGCGUCGAGCACCCUACCCGCGGCCCGCACUACAGCACAGCCAUAGACUUAGACAACCGAAUCUAUGGCAGCAGGAUGUUUGUCAAGAUCAGCCAGUACGGCGAGAUGAAGAUUGACAAGUGGUGGAAGCUGUUCAGGCUGAAUGCGUUGCGCAGAAGCCUUCAGGGUGGCUUUGCUACGCACUACGAGAAGAACGAGGUGGUGUUUGAUAGUUUGCCUAUCAUGAUACAACGUCGCAAGCCCAAAGACAGGAAAUGA